AUGCUCACAAAGAUCCAUCUCCUAGACUAUAUUCUUAAGCUACAUCAACAUCUCGCAGCAGGCCAACGGAAGAGCGGCCGGCAUGCGAAGAGUCGCCACCUCGACAGCUCCGCCUUCUGGAGGGAUCAGCAUGCUCAGCUGGAGGUUGCAUUCGCAGACUCCCAAGCUAAGACUGCUGGACUCGAGCGAAAGAUUGAUCUGCUUGAGAGGCAGCUGAAGCUGAAUACAUAUUCUACCAACGAAGUGGGUGCCGCAUCAGGUGGCAAGCGCAAGAGAGCGACGGCCGACAACGGCACUUCUAGCAAAUCUAGCAAGAGACCAAAGCCUGGGAAGGAUCUUAUCGAGGGUGAAGCUGAACGACUGCCACCGGACACUUUCGCAGAAGACUUCGACACAGUCAACCUCGCUGGCAAAGGUCUGUAUCUCACUCUUGCGAUCGCCGGCGCUGACAGUGUGCUAGCUGGUGCUAUCACGGUCCAGCAUCUCUAUCGACUACACAAGCUCUUUCAGCAGAGCUCCCAAGAGUAUGACGGCCUGGCCUAUCACCUCUGUCAGGCCGCCUCGAGCUUGGCUACGGUCAUUUCAGCCGUGUGCAAGCAGAAUUCAGCUGUAGGCGGUUCAAGUACCGCUAUAGUUGGCCAGCUUUCAGUCCCAGUUGCUGCCGCGUUACAGUCUAAGCAGGCUGCUGACUUGGCUGCUAUCUUCCGUGCCUCUGCUCGCGCGUUCAGCUCUCUGUUGCACGGACUGACUAAGAUCACCAAUGGAGAUGCUGACCGGAUGAGGUCUGGCCCCAUCGUUUACGCCUUCACUAAAGCCUUCACUGUCAUGCUCGACUGCAUCACCGAAGCCUCUCUCGCCCGCGCCGAGAAGGAACUCGCGGCCGCAGAGGCAGAGACGUCCUCAACCGGAGUGCAAAAGUCCAAAACCAAAAGCAAAAUACUCAAGACAGCAAAAGAGGAAAGCGUCCCUCGCGCCGUUUCCACGUUUCUCGCAGCUCUUAUUUCAUACCUUGACGCCUCCGAUGCCGCUCACCGCGAGCUCUUCGAAGGCUUCAUGUUCGUCCUCCUCGAGCGAACCGCUAAGCGACUUUACGUCUACACCUUCAACCGCGAGCGUAGCGCCACCAUUGAGCAUGACAUCUCUCCGCCAAUGACUCUUGGCUCUGCCGGCGCAGGGGCGAAGAAAGAGCUCGAAAAGAAGACUAUGAACAUUGAAGCGCCGAAUCUGCUCGCCGUCUUGGAACGAGCAAUGGCUGUAGCGCCCGCACACAUGGCCGCUCAGCCCGUGGUGGCCGCUUCACAGGCCUCGAGGAGAGCAACAGGGGCUACCAAGCAAGCUACAGGGAGAACGGGUGGCUCGACUGGAAAGACUGGGUUAAGUCUCAAUGCAAAAGACAAGCUGCAGCGUACGCUCGUGAAUGCGAUGUUCGGCUGCGAUGAGGACAGCGACUUCAUGGACUGUCUGAGGAUGCCUGCUCGUUUCCCACCGAUAUCUGCGCCACCGAAGUUCGACGAGCAGCAGACGGGCGAUUGGUUCAAGGAGGAGCUGUGGCGAUUGCUUGGGUGGGAGAUUCUGGGGAGGGAGACGGACUGGUAG